UCUGUCAUGAAGAGGAAGAGAGGCAGGCCCAAGGGCUCCACGAAGAAGCCCAGCCCCGAGGAGGAGCUGCUGGUAGAAAGUGCCGUGGGUCCGAGCGAGGACAGCCUGCUGGCCCCCGAGGAGGGCAGCGGCCUGGCUCCCAGCAGCUUGGAAUGCAGCAAGUGCUGUCGAAAGUUCUCCAACCCGCGCCAGCUGAGGAAGCACAUCUGCAUCAUCGUGCUGAAUUUGGACGAGGAGGAGGGAGAAGCAGGCUGCAUGGGCGAAUGCGCAUCGUGGACGAGCAUUCAGACGAGAGAAGUCAGCGAGAAGGCAGCUGUCCCAUGGCAGAGCGUGAGUCAUUGCUGUGUGAGACACGUAGGUAGGGAGUGCCGUGCUACCAGGAUCGUUCCGGUGGAGGCCGGGCCCCCAGAGACAGGCACUGCCAACCCCGAGGCCACCCUGGCCGACCUGGCGCCUCGGAGAGGGUACCAGGAGUAUGCCAUUCAGCAGACACCGUAUGAGCAACCCAUGAAGUCCAGCAG